AUGGGGGCCCACUCCUGGACAUUGACUCUAGUCCUAUUCGUUCAAUUUGUUUUUUAUUCGAGAUGCCAAGAAAGAUCGUUUGUGAUUGACAAAGAAAACAAAUGUUUUCUGAAAGACAACAAGUUUUUCCGUUACAUUUCCGGAGAAAUCGAUUAUUUCAGGGUUCCGAGGGCAUACUGGAAGGAUCGCCUGCACAAGAUGCGGAUGGCAGGUCUCAAUACCAUAGCCAGCUACGUCGAGUGGAGUGGACACGAACCUAAGCCUGGGAAGUUAAACUUUGUGGACAACUACGAUGUGAUCCAGUUCUGCAAAGAAGCCCAGCGAGAGGACCUCCUGGUGAUCCUUCGUGUCGGCCCUUACAUCUGCGGUGAGAGAGACAACGGUGGAUUUCCUUCUUGGCUCUACAAUACAACAGCGGCCAAUAAGUUCCGAACGACCGACAAGUCUUUUAUGGACGCUACGGAGAAGUGGUUGGGAGAACUGUUGCCGAGGAUAAAAGAAACGUUCUACAGAAAUGGUGGUUCGGUAAUAGCCCUUCAAAUCGAGAACGAGUACGGGAUUCAAAUGUGCGACAGCGCUUACAUGCCUGGAGUUUACAAUAUAUUCAAGAAACACGUCGAGGGCGAUGUCAUCUUGUUCACUGCCGAUUAUUGGAGAGCGAAAGAUCAUGAGUGUGGAGGAAUUCGUGAUGUUCCAAAAGCUGCCAACAUGUACGCAUCGGACUCCGUGGCCGCUGUUCGAUAUGCCAUGAAUUCCGUGAAUUCGCAAGGUUGUCCGCUUUUCUUUAUGGAAUUAUAUGUAGGAUGGUAUUCUCUGUGGGGUGAAGCGCAAGAGAAAGGUACUCCGCCUAAAUUUAUGGCCACGUUUAAGGAACUAAUACGCACUAAUGCUUCCGUCAACAUCUACAUGUUUCAUGGAGGGACAAACUUCGGGUUUAGUGCAGCCUCAGCAGGAGACUCUCCACUGGUCACAAGCUACGACUACAAUGCACCGCUCUCCGAAGCGGGAGAUCCGAGGGAUUUGUACCACAAGUUAAGGGACAUCAUCAAGGACUUUUCUACAUUGCCACCGGGAGACGUACCAGUCGCUUCUCCAAAGCUUAAUAUCGGAGUUGUAAAUUUAACCGAAGGAGUAUCGCUCAUGGAAGUAAUCGACCAUUUCAGAGCAAAUGGCUGGAUCAAAAAGUAUGAGCAGUCCGCCCCAAUGACGUUCAAAGACAUGGGCCAGGACUAUGGCUUCGUCAUGUAUACAGCCAAGGCGGGAUCCUUCAAGAAUCCUACUCUGGUGGUGUCCGGCAUCAAGGACAGGGCCUACGUCGUUAGAAAUGGCAGUAUAGAUGUUCUUGACUCAAAGUUCUACACAAAAAGCAUUGAUAUUAAGGAGGACGAAACUCUCACUAUAUUUGUGGAAAACCUUGGCAGGGAGUUUUUCAAAAUAGGGACGGACCCAAAGGCAAGUAAUUUCGCUAUAACGUUUCAUUUUCUUUUUAGUGUGUGA